AUGUCAUUAGAUUCACAGUAUUCUUAUGUUCAUUUCAGCCACGUGAACCAGGCAGAUUAUAUGGAAGACUGGAAAGAUUACCGCAUCCCAUACAACGAUAUCGACACAACGCGCUUGUUCGAAGAAACGGCAAACAUUUUCCCACAGUUUUUACUCGAAGAAGAAGAAGAUGGGGCUAUCCCGCUAAGCUCAUCAAUAUUCGGCGCCAAGGUGUACAAGAACCGUAAUUUGUUGAAAAAUAAAGUAUGGACUGAUCUCAAUUUGGAUGGGCUCCGAACAGCCCCGACCCUCAAAAGACUCCCAGAUGCUUCAAUUUUAAAUUCAAUUUCUAGUUCCCUGGUACCAGCAGAUGAACUUGCGCUCAACGAGUUUCUUUCCAAUGGGUACAAUGCGGACAUGUCCCUCAAUGCUGAUGCGCUGGCUUGCAACAUCUCUCAUGACGAAUUGUGGCUAAAUACAACUUCAGAGUAUCUGGGAAAUCAUACGUUCAGCCACAUUAAAACAAGGUCUAAUAGCGGCACUCAUGCAGCUCCACUUCAUCAGGCGCCGGCGCCAUUACAAACUCCGAGAGUCGGGAAGACACGUCAGCCUUCUCAAGACAAGUUUCAGACCCCUAUUACCAGAAUCAUGCGCUAG